AGCCGCCAGCAUGUCGGAGACCGCUCCUGCCGCUCCCGCCGCCGCCGCGCCCCCCGCGGAGAAGGCCCCCGCCAAGAAGAAGGCGGCCAAGAAGCCGGCGGGGGCGCGCCGCAAGGCGUCCGGGCCCCCGGUGUCCGAGCUCAUCACCAAGGCGGUGGCCGCGUCCAAGGAGCGCAGCGGGGUGUCCCUGGCCGCGCUCAAGAAGGCGCUGGCGGCCGCCGGCUACGACGUGGAGAAGAACAACAGCCGCAUCAAGCUGGGGCUCAAGAGCCUGGUGAGCAAGGGCACCCUGGUGCAGACCAAGGGCACCGGCGCCUCGGGCUCCUUCAAGCUCAACAAGAAGGCGGCCUCCGGGGACGCCAAGCCCAAGGCCAAGAAGGCGGGCGCCAAGGCCAAGAAGCCCGCCGGCGCGGCCAAGAAGCCCAAGAAGGCUUCGGGCUCCGCCACCCCCAAGAAGGCCGCCAAGAAGACCCCGAAGAAGGCCAAGAAGCCGGCGGGUGCUGUGGCCAAGAAAGUGGCCAAGAGCCCGAAGAAGGCCAAGGCCGCCAAGCCCAAGAAGGCGGCCAAGAGCGCCACGAAGGCGGUGAAGCCCAAAGCCGCCAAGCCCAAGGUUGCCAAGCCCAAGAAGGCGGCGGCCAAGAAGAAGUAG